CCGGGCGGCCGAGGACCCCGGGAGCGCCGCGUCCCCUGCCCCGCGCCGGCCCCGCACCUCCUCCCCGGCCGGCGGCGGCGGCAGUGGGUGCGCGGCGGGCUGACCUCUGCGGAGGCGGCGGGGGCUCCGCAUCGGGCCGGGGCCGGGGGGCGCCGGGGCCGGGGGGCGGCGCUCCGGCCCGGCCCGGCCCCGCCCGAUGUCCAUGAGUGCGAACACCAUGAUCUUCAUGAUUCUGGGGGCGUCGAUCGUGAUGGCCAUCGCGUGCUUGAUGGACAUGAACGCGCUGCUGGACCGAUUCCACAACUACAUCCUCCCGCACCUGCGGGGCGAGGACCGCGUCUGCCACUGCGACUGCGGCCGGCACCACGUCCACUACGUGAUCCCGUACGACGGGGACCAGUCUGUGGUGGACGCCUCGGAGAACUACUUCGUGACAGACAACGUCACCAAGCAGGAGAUCGACCUCAUGCUGGGGCUGCUGCUGGGCUUCUGCAUCAGCUGGUUCCUGGUGUGGAUGGAUGGCGUCCUGCACUGCGCGGUGCGCGCCUGGAGGGCCGGCCGGCGCUACGACGGCUCGUGGACCUGGCUGCCCAAGCUGUGCAGCCUGCGGGAGCUGGGCCGGCGGCCGCACAGGCCCUUCGAGGAGGCGGCCGGGAACAUGGUGCACGUGAAGCAGAAACUCUAUCACAACGGCCACCCAAGCCCGCGGCACCUCUGAGCCGCAUGCAGGACUCGCGGGGCCGCCUGCCACCGCGCCCACGCUCACGGGACUGGACGGCCGGCCCCGGCCAGCGCGCCCGGCCCAUCGGGCGCGUCCGGCGGAAGGUGCUGUCUCCUCUUCUUUUUAUAAAGGGGGUCGGGUUGGGGCGGGGCGCGAGGCGGCGGCACUGGGGGCGCGGGCGGGGCCGCGCGCCCCGUCUGGGACAAUGUCUGCCGCUUGAAACCGGCGGUGGCCUCCUGCGCGCCCGCGUCUGUCUCUCUGUCCCUCCGUCUGGUUCCGGAAGCCAGUUCUGCCGGAGGGGGAGUGCGGCCGGGAAGGGGGGGGGCCGAGCCCCGGUGCGCCCACGUCUGCACACGGGAGCACGUGCAUGAGACGUGUGCUUCCGCGGGCUGCAGUGGGGGCGCGGAGUCGGGCUCUGGGGGAGGCCCCAGCCCAGCAAUAAGGCCCCCGAGCCCCGCUGCGGCGAGUGCGGCCACCCUGCCCAGGAAAUCCCCGGUCGGGCGCCUCACUGUGACUCCCA